ACUAUCUAAAAGCAGGCCCUGACACCUCCUACACUGGCUCACUUCCUCACAACAGAUAAAUUUGUGGUUUCCUCUGUGAAACUGUAAAAGAUGAGAGACAUCGGAGGAGAGCGGACCAUGUGAGCUGCCAGUAAUUUGGCUGUUGUUUUAGUAUGUAAUCUCUGAGGUACAAGUAGUUGGUGAGCACAGAACAAGUCAACCAGCUGAAGCACUGCAAAUAUUUCCAUUGGCUAGAAAUUCCGAGGUGUGAUGAGUAAUGUCAUGAAGAUAAUGGAAAGUAGGGUGGAAAGUGAAGUCAGCAAUGUACUAAGGAAGCAUCUGUAAAGUGACAGGCCUGUAGGACAAUUCUUAAGACACUAUGGACCCUCCUGAGAAGAAAGGUGACAUGCCACCUCCGGGUAAUGAGGACUUUGAGAUGGAAUCUUCACUUGGCCCUCACCGUAUCACUCGCAAAGAGGCUAGGUAUGGAAAAAAGAGCACAAUCCACACAAAACCUCCAAAGGAGAGUAAUGAUGGGUCAAAAGUCUCCGCUUCGGUACAGCGUAAUCUGCUUUAUGGAGAAGCUCUCUAUACCAUAAUACAUCGAAUGGGGGUUUCAGAGCCGCAACAUAUAUCUGAUUAUGAUCAGCUAUACAACUAUCUGCAGACGGCCUUCAACAUGGAUCCAGAAGAGCAUAAAGCCAUCCUCAAAAGUGUUAAAGGCCUUGAGCCACCAAUUUUCUGUGUGAAAGUUACCGUCAAACAAGCAAAAGGAAUUCUUGGGAAGGAUGUUAGUGGUUUUAGUGAUCCCUACUGUCUUCUGGGAAUUGAGAGUCGGCCAGACAAUCACACCAUAGAUAUCAGUUCAAAUCCUGACAAGAAACAAAAGCAGAAAGCUGUGGUCCGGAACACCCUUCCAGAGGAUCAGACACAUAGGACGCAAGUCAAACUUCAGACCUUAAAUCCUGUAUGGGAUGAAACUUUCAUAAUGGAAGUAGAAGACAAUGAAAAUGCAAAAUUUACUAUGGAUAUGUGGGAUUAUGAUGAUGUCGAAUCUGUUAAAACAAAACUUGGGGAUCUCACAGAUCUGCAUGGACUAAAGAGGAUAUUUAAAGAUGCCCGAAAGGACAAGGGUCAAGAUGACUUUCUAGGCAAUGUGGUACUACGAGUUCGGGAUCUUAAAUGUAAAGAGGACCGCUGGUACAAUCUAGAACCUCGAACAGAGACGUAUCCAGAUAGAGGACGAUGUCAUCUACAAUUUCUUUUAACACAUAAGAAGAGAGCAACUAUGCUGAGCAAAAACCCCAGCUACAUCAUUCACCGCCAGUUAUUACAGCAGUUUGUACGUCAUGAGAUCACGCAACACCAGGCUGCUGGUUCCACAUGGGAUGGAGCAAUAGGUCCUCACGGUACCACGAUACUCUACCUACACGCUGCACAGAAAGACCUGUCGGAAUUUCACCAGGGACUUGCACAGUGGCUUGCAUAUAGUAAACUGUACCAGAGUCUGGAGUUCAGCAGUAGCUGUUUGCUGCACCACAUAACAAGUAUUGAGUAUCUGUGGGUCCAAGGACGACUGCAAGAUGAACUGAGGAAAGAGCUGGCGGAAUCCUUUGACUCUCUAUUGCAAUAUGGAAUGUCUGUUAUUCAGCGAUAUCGCAUUGUGUUUCCAUUGUCCGCCUCCCAAUCGAUAGAACGUCUCCAGGGUUUGCUAAGGGUGCUGAUACAGACGUGUAAGACCAAGGCUUUCAGAGAACUGUGCUCACCGACCCCCAAUUUACAGGACAGGAUAACUGAGGCUAUCAAGACAGGGACCCAUGAGUGGUUUGACCUGAAGAAACAACAUCUACAGCCAAUGAUACAGGGCUAUGAGGAAAACUUGAAGUCUUUGCUAAGUCUGGUGACAGACGUCACCACUGACCUUCAGAAUUGUCACAAAUACUUCAACAAGUGUUUUAUCAACACUAUGAAGAUUGAUGUUUUCAGCCUGACGUUCCAGGAACUGGAGGAACUGGUUUCCCAAAAUGUAUUAAGUCAGCUCCCACCUGCCAACCACAGCUCUCGCCAGCAACUCUCUGACUCGUUGUAUCAACUUUAUCUCACUCUGCGUGAACUUCACAACCUCCAUAACUUUCUACCAAAUAGGAAUGCAACUCUACCACUGUCUGAAUCCCACCGAUGGUUUGCAGAUGCAUUGCCUUUCUGGUUGAAGAAGGCUUAUUCCACUGCACUUGAGAGAGUCCAAAGAGCUGUACAGAUAGACCUGCUGGUUCCACUUUCAGAGCUACAGAAGCACAGCUCUUCCACGGUUGACCUGUCAACAUGCUUCACACAGAUUGGACGCACAUGGCAACAGCUGGCCUGGCCUGAUCCUGAGGAAGCAUUUAUGAUAAUGGUGAAAUUCACUGAGGAUAUGUGCCGUAUCGCUAUUACAUACUGCGCAAUGAUAAAGCGGAGAGCUGAGGAGUUGUCAGACAAAGGAGAUGCUGGACAGGCUGCAAACAAGUUGUGCCUGGUAGUGAACAACAUUGAACAACUGCGGUUGAUAGUGCAGUCAUUACCACAGAAACUGGACUGGAAGACUCUGGAACAAAGGACAUGUGACAUCAUAAGCUCAGAACAGUUUCAACACACACUUCAUGACCAGCUGAACAGUGCUGUGGCUUGCCUGGACCGUGAGAUCCGUAAAGUGGUUCAGGCGCUUGCCCAAAAACUAGAUUCUGGGAUUGCCAAACAUCUUCAGUCCAUAGCAAAAGCCAGCGAUUCCCGGGACCCCAAUGAUUGCAUCAUCCCAAUGAUGAAAUUUGUGGAGUCUGAGUUACAGUACAUGAACCAAAACCUUGUCCAGGAAAAUUUUAACUGCCUCCUGGCUUUACUUUGGUCUCAUAUUCUCACAGUCAUCUCCAACCUAUGUGCACAAAUCACAGCCUCUCCACGGUAUUAUCAAAGACUUCAUGCUGCAUCCAAGAAUUUAGAAUCCUGUUUCCAUGCGGGAGGUUGUGGACUGUCCCUGGAGAUUCUCCACACUGCUACUUUCAUUACCUUGGAACAGGACAUUGAUCUUUGUUCCUGCAGUACUCGAAAACUAAUUGAAAGGUAUUACCAGCAGAAGAUCCACCAGCAGCAUGGAACUGCCUCAGAGAAGUAUGGUGCCGUAACAGUAAAGGCAAGCUACCAGCAAUCGGAGCAAAAACUACGAGUGGAGAUUCUAAAUGCAGUGAACCUACUUCCUCUGGAUUCAGAUGGGAGCAGUGACCCCUUUGUACAGCUGACGCUGGAACCUAAGCACAUUUUUCCAGCGGUGGAGCCACGCUGCACACAGAUCAUGAAGAAUGAGCUGAACCCUCUUUAUGAUGAGACAUUUGACUUCCUGGUGACCCCAGAGCAAUGUGAGGUUACUGGAGCCUGUGUCCUACUUACGGUGUUUGACUAUGACACCCUUCUUUCUAAUGAACUGGAGGGUGAAGCUUUUCUAGAUCUUGCAGAUGUGCCAGGAUUAAAAGAUGACACAGUGACCAACAUCCCACAGAAGCGGCUGCCCCUCAGUCACCCAAAACACAAUGGGGAUCGAAUCCUGCAGCUCUUGGAAUGUCGUCGUUCUGAAAAGGAAGCUGUCCUGUUUGUCAAACUUCGCAGGCAGAGAGCUCGUCAGUCAAGGGAAAGUGAACGAUGACCUUGGCCCAGGGGAGGCCAUACAGAACAACCUGUCAUUUACUGGCCUAGAGGCCCUUUCUGCACUCAGUGUACAUUUGCAAACCUUCUACAUAGACUAAUAGGGAACUCCAGGCAAGCUGCUAAAGAUACAGCUGAAAUGUGUAUGUCUUCACCUUUUUUUCAGCCAAGUUAUCAGUAAUUCUGUACAGUCAGUCUUGCAAUUCCACAUAUUUUCCAUGCUGCACAGCUAGAACAAAAAAUAUUCCUGUAUUGCAGCCGAUUCCUGAUGUAAGUUAUGCUUUCUGGAUCUCUUCUUUGCCGAAUGGACAAAAUUGAAGGUACCAUCCAAUGACAGACUUCUGGCAGGUGAACAGCCGGACUGGUGUGUCUGGGGCCCACCCGAGGAAGUAAGGAGGGUCCACCAUGUGGCACAUUGUUAGUAGAGAUUACUGUGACUGGGCAUGGUUAAAGUGGUAUUAAUUAACAGCUGCAGCUUAUUCUAUAUACAAACAUAGGACCAGACCAGUUUUCAUUCAGUUCACUUCACUGCUAUGAUAUAUACAGUAUGUUUCACAAAAUUACAGAGACUGUUACCAUAUUACAUAUGACUGUCAUAAAUUGCUUGUGUUAAUGAAAACCUCUCUCAGAGACUGUUCACAUGGAGCAAAAUACUGUCAGAGACCACUUUAAACUCUCAAAAACUACUCACAUGGACCAAAAUCCUGUCAGAGACCGCAGAAAUGAAAAAAAAAAAACAC